AACCAAACCAAUAUCACACUCAUGCCAGGAAUUAUCAUUUUACAGACACUGUCACCCAUGUAUGGCAGACUUAUUACUCUCAUGACCAGCACAGAAACCACCUAGACUGCGCCCACAGGGCAUACAGCCGUCACCGGUACUAUCUCCGACCUCAACUAUCUCAACCCUCGUUGACUUCAUACAUCCUGUAUACCUUCUACCAACAACAAAAUGAUGCGCACAAACGACCCUCGGAUCCGACAAACACUCAACCAAAUCUCCCACAACAUCGAAUCCGCAAACGAAAGCGCUCAAGAAGGCUUCUACCGCUUCGGCCAACAAUACCUAGCACCUUGCUUGGCUUCUAUCGGCAGCUGUCUCGCACAAUGCACCGCUCCAUGUCUACCAAACCGCGAACACCAACUACGGCGUCGUCGACGGAAUCGCGCCGAACUCAAUUUCGAUUUUUACGAUGAUUGGGACAAUGAGGUUGCUAAUGAGGGGAUAUUGGGUUGGGGAAAUGAUGAAUUAGAUCGGUUAUUGGCUGGUAGUGGCAGUGUCGGUGUUGCACGGGGUGGUGAGCAGCCCCGACGACAGCGCAAGAUGAGUUAUGGGGCUGCGCGAACGAGGCGGCAAAGUUCUAUUUUACCGGAUCAGAGAGAUGAUCCGACGGUGAUACCAAAGUCGUCGUUUAUUGGGUUUUUGGAACGAUUACCCUGGAAAAUUGGUCCUCGCGGAGUGAAAUAUCGUCCCUCGGCGGCGGAUUUACAGGAAAGACCGGGUCGGUUGCCGCAUGAUGAUUAUAUUCAGCCUGGAAGUUCGGAGGCGCAGCCGUUAAUAGAAGAGGAGGAUGAAGAUGAUCUUACGGCAACGAUGAGGAAAGGCAAGAGACAGAGACGAGAUCGCAGUACAACACAAUCGUCACAGGAAACGAGUAAUUCACUAAGUUCAAGAGGCGAUCUUAUAUUCGACGACGAGGAUGAAGAUGCAGUACCUCUAGACGACGAAUUUGCCGUUGUGCUUGCGCGGCGAAAUACAGGUCUGACUUCAGAUGAGCAUCUGUCCGGAAGCGGAGGGCGAUCUAGACGGACAACGUCCGGACAGUCGUCGCGGAGCGGGAAGACGAGAGAUCGGAAAGAGUCUCGGUUGGAGAUUGAUGCCACUCGUAACUCUGAGAUUGCGUCCAUGGCGGAACUGUCAAAGGAGGAACAGGAAGCGGAAGCCGAAGAGGAGUUGGAAAUUGUGCGCAAACGGAGUGCAGCCCAGCAGUUGGCUGUUAACCAGGGAUUAGCUAGGGAUACGUCAUCUCAAGCGGCUCCUACAAACUUUUGGAGUUCAGAUUCUCCAACGACUAAACCCAGCAAUCCGGCUUCUAUACAAGAGGAUGAUAAACCAACGGAACCUUUUCCUUCCUACCCAGUAACACCGACAUCACAAAGGUCUACCACGUCGCUGUCGAUAAAAGACCUGGAUACCCAAAACACAGCUAGCGAGAACCAAGGCGAUUUAGGUUGAUCCCAAGCGCAUUCAGAGAUGACUACAUUGUUUACAUUCUAUUUCUAAUAGCAGGUAGACAUGUCUUGCUGACGACUUCUAUAUGUAUAAUAUUCAUGAUUUACGAUAAUUUUAUGCCAGUAUGAGGG